CUCCACGGCAAGCAGCAGAACUGCCUCGCGAAGCUGUGAUGUCGCCUCGAGGAAAAGAGGCUGCUGAAUCAUCAAGGAAAGGAAAGGAACCGGCUCUCCCAGUUGAUAGUGAAGAGGAGUUUGAUAGUGAAGCAACCGAAACUUCAGAAGGGGAAGAUGAGAAUGAAUCAAGUUCUGAGGAAGUAUCUGGCCUUCCCGAUUCAUUCUUUGAUAGAGGACUUGUAAGGCCUUCUGUCGCUCCGACCCAACCACAAGCUGCUCCAAAGAAACGUAAGGAAAGAGUCGUCAUGGAACAUCCUAACCGGAUGACGGUAGAAGUUCUUAGUUGCGACGAAGAGGAUGAAGAGGAUAUGGUGCCUCUCAUUCGUCGGCAAAUAUCUCGAACUUCUACUCAAGCUCAAACUCAAGUUUCUCCCCGAGCUGAGUUACGCACCAAACAUCGUCAUGAAGGUUCUGGUGCACGCCCUCUGAAGAAACAGAAGAAAGCUGUUUCUAAACCGCGCGUUCAUCUUCCUGCUGUAGAAGAGACAUCCGGUCGUAGUGCUUCUUCUGAUGAGCAAGGGAGUCGAGAGGAAGGAGAAUUGUCAGCUGAUGCUGCUUCUCCCGGAGGUAUGGAAAUUGAGGAAACAAGCUUCGUCCAACAAAUGCAUGAUGCUCUGAAGGAAGGAUCGGCUGAUGUUCCACCCACUCCUGACGUUGAUCCAUCAGCUGCGGACACAGGUACUGAUCUUUCUCCUCUCGGAAGAGAAAUCCGAGAAAUGAAUGAGUCGGACCGUGUGCCUCCUCUAAUGACCUGUGCGCUUUCUCUCCUUUUAGUCAAAUUAAAAGAAGCAGGUACCAGUAGUGGAGCUCUCGAAUCAGCCCCGACCAAUGAAGGUAAAAUCGAUCUUUGUCUUGGGCAGAUUCGUCUAAAUUUACAUGUUAUUUAUGGUUCCUCAUGUUCUUUAGACAUCCCGAUGCACGAGCCUAUUGAAGGAGAAGCUACCCAUGCCACCAAAGUCGAUGAUUUUAAUAAUUUCGACUUUAAUAUCUCAGAGGACGACCAUCAACAAAUCCUUGAUUCUCUGUUAGAGAAAGCCUCUGAUGCAACUAUCGGCUCAGAUGUUGGAAUUGGUUCAACGGAAGCCGGUCCUUCUGAGAGUAAGACUUUGGUUCUGUGAACUCCACAUAUAUAUAUACGUAUAUAUUUUGACUUGAUUAAUCAUAUAAGUGUCUGAAUUAUAGGACCAACUGCUGGAGCUGAUACUACUAUAAUUACUGGAACGUCUGAUCGGCCAGAGGGUAGCGAACUCGUGCCAUGGGCAGGAACUGAGGUUGAUUUGCAAUCAUCAGUUCUUGAGCCUCAACCUUCUACUCCUAUGGACCCUAUGAUGAUAGAAGUCACUGUCACUCCCCAGAUUAGUCCGGUCGCAACAAAAGCGAGACCAACUGAAGGCGUUGGUACGUCGGCUGAUGUUAUGCCUAUUGCUGGUACAUUUUACCCAUAAUUUUGUUUCAAAUUUUGGGUUAACAUCUCAUUAUGCUCAUUGUAACUCCUUCGUUUGUAGAAUCAACUCUUAAAGAGCCUCUUAGCUUGGACCCGCCGUCUUCUGAAGCUUUAAUUGAAAAAGCCUCUGAUGUAGCGGGUGCAUCAACAGCUACCAUUCCUGAAUCAACCUUGGUUGUUCCGGAAAUCAGGUUACCAUCCUCGGGUGAACUAAGUCAUGCUGAAGGUUCUUCCAUCGAACUUGUUCCUUCAUCAUCAUUAUCAGAUCGCAUCCGAGCUUUGUUAGCAGACGAGGAUCCGGAUAAAGCCGGCAUUUGCUCUGAUCUCGAC